AUAUAGAUUACAAAUUAAGUAACAAUUAGCAGCGAAACUCUUUUACCUCAGCGUUAGUUCGUCAGGUCAGUAGGAAUGUUGCUAACUUUUUAUGUUUGUUGAUAACUCUCAUUUGCUAGUUGGAUAUUACUUAUUGGAAUUACAUAGUCAUGAGUGCUUUUCCCGUUGUGUCACUGUUGUUACAGAGAUGAAAAUGACGUACGCUCCAGUACAACGAUAUGUGCCAAUAUGUGACCUAAACAUAAACAUCACACACUCGAAAGUGGUUGGAGUAAUAAUUGGGAAAUCUGAUUCAAGAGGAUUUCCAGACAGGAAAAAUGUUGGCUCUGAAAGGUUCACAUUCAGCUUCACCGUAAAAGAUUCACCAGAACAUUUUAUCAAUGUGUCUGCAUGGGGAAACGAGGAUUACAUCCAAGGACUGAGCAGUUGCUUUCAGAUUGGGGAUUGUGUUGUAAUUGAAAAUCCCCUCGUUGUGACCAAAGACUAUGAGAAAGAAGAAAGAUUUUGCCCUUCAACUCCCAGUACCUACAGGCUGUUGGUAACAGAGACUCACUCAAGCAUUAGAAUAUGCUCAGAUUUAGAAACAGAGGCCAGGAUUCUGCCGCUAUUCCACAUGCCAAUUAAAGACCCAAGGGACUUCUAUUCAUUGGGAGACAUUACUGCAAACGGACAGAGUCUGGAUGGACACAUUAUUAACAUGCUAGCAGCUUUGCAGUCGGUUGGAGAGGAGAAAUUCUUCUCAAAAUCUGAUGGGCGUAAAGGACAGAGGCUAGAAAUAAAGCUCUUUGAUGACACUGGGACAUCAUUUCCUUUAGUGUGUUGGGAUAAAGAAACCAUUCGGCUGUUACAAACACUGACACAAAGAGAAGCAGUGCUGUUUAUUGCAGAUGCUCGCAUCACCUUUGACAGUUUUCGUAGUUGUAUGAUAGCAACAGCGACCUCAAAAACAAUCAUAACCGUCAACCCUGAUACAGCAGAAGCCAACCAGCUGUACACGUGUAUAAGGGAACUGUUAGAAGCCGGAGGACUGGAUGACCAAGACAUCCUCUCAGGUGAUGAUGUGCCAUUGGAUUCCAUUAGUGACGUUCUGACUGUGAACCAACUCAAAGCCAGAAGUCAAGAACAUGCUGAUGUCUUUCAUUGCAUAACAUAUGGAUUCAUCACCACUCUUGAUCUAAGUUCCUCCAUCUCCAAAGUCAUUCGCAAGAAAUGUGCCAAAUGCAAAUUUCGAAUCAGUGAGGAGAUUCAGACGUGUUCCAAUGAUGCCUGUCCAAAUCAAGGACAAUCGCUCCAGGCUACUACAGGCUUUGAUCUGCUGCUGGACAUCAGUGAUCACACUGGCACUUUGCAGUCGUGCAACUUGGCAGGAACAAUGGCUGAGAAAACCCUGGGCUGUAAAACAGAAGCGUUUUUGUGUCUGUCGGAGUCUGAAAGGACAAUUCUGCAGUGGAAGUUCCUUCUGGAGAGAUGCAAAAUUUAUCUAAAGGUUCUUCCAUCUCCUAAAAGCAGAAGUGGAAUGAGGGCAAGGAUUUUGUCAUGUGCACUCGCUGACCCCGUUGAAGUGAAACAAAACCUUGCCUCCUCUGUGGUUGGAUGGUGUUUUGCAACAAAGUGACAAAACAUGGUUCCUCAUGUGAAAUCAAAUAAACUAUAUUAAAUUCCAACUUGUAUUAAAUUCACUUUGGUUCAAAUGCAUAUGUAGUGACUAAUAAUAUAUGUAUUUUUUGACAUUUUGCUCCAAUGUCGCAUUUGAUUUCAUUGUAUUGUAACUGGUCUAUAAAUUAAUUAACUUGAUGUAUGUUUCUUUGCAUGUUUGUUUCAAACUAAUUUUGCUCAAAUGCGUUAACUAAUAAAAACAAUGAAUACUGAG